CUUGCCGUAGCUAUGACGUAAUCGCAGCACCUGACCACGAAGAUGAACUUUAGCCAUACGGCGUCGUUAUUGUGUUUGUAGUUGCGCCUACGUCACGUCGAUAGUCUGUCAUUCUAGAUGUGUGUUUCUUUGCAUAACACAAAGCAAUAGUCGUCGAUAUUUCAUCUUUUUUGUCAGGAUAAGUCGUCUCUCUUUCACGCUAGCUUAGCUCGCUAGCUAGCUUAGCUUAGCUCGCCAGCUGCUAACAAAAGAGACAAAGCGGAAGUGAUCGACAGGUCGCUAAGUGUGAGUUGAAAGUGUGAAAAUGUGCAAAGUAGAAAUGCUGAGAGUGUUGGUGAAGCAGCGACUAACUGCUGCUGUGGAAGAAAUAUUUGUAGUGUUAGAAAGAACCAUAGCAGAAUACGAGGAGGAACUUUCUAGAAGAAAAGAGGAGAACGAGCGACAACGUCAACUACUGGACGCUCUUUUCAGCAAACAUCAAGUUGUGGCUCACAGAAAAGGCAAUUCCAGGGCAAAGCGGAAGAAACCUCUGCAGCCCCUCAUUAAAGAAGAAAUGCUGGGGGAGCAUCUUGAAGGACUGGAGACGUUCCCGGCCAUCGGUGUCAUUGUGAAGAGUGAAUAUGAUGAGGUCAGAGGUGAAAGUGAAGAGGAGCCUCCGAGCAGCAGCUUGACUCGACACGUGGCGACAGAAGCUGAUGAAGACCACCUCAUUGCUCCACUAUCAGAUAGUGAGGACAUACAGUCAGCAGACACUGAUGACGAGGACUCUAAAGCUGAUCAAACACAUCACGCUAAGAACACACGCUUCCAAUGCUCUCGCUGUGACAAAACCUUUGCUAACAAGGGGAACCUGAAAAGACACAUGAGAAAUCACACGGAUGAGAAACCUUUCACGUGCUCAGUUUGCAAGAAACGAUUUUCUUGCCGCGAUCAAAUGAUGUCGCACGUGAGGAAACACUUCUCCUGCUCAAUCUGCAAGAAAAGCUUUGGUCAUCGUUCAACACUGUACAAACACAGGCGAACGCAUGCCAAGGAGAAACCUUUCCCUUGCUCGUUCUGCGGCCAUAGAUUUUCUCACAGUGCACAUUUGAUAAGGCACACACGAAUACACACAGGGGAGAAACCUUUCACCUGCUCUGUGUGCGGUCAAAAAUUCACUCAAAAUGCAAAUUUAAUCCGACACUCAAGAAGACACACAGGAGAGAAACCCUUUUCUUGCUCAUUGUGCGGUCGGAGAUUUUCUCAAAACGCGAAUUUGGUCAAUCACUCCAGAAUUCAUACUGGAGAGAAGCCUUUUACCUGCUCAGUCUGUUCCAUGAGUUUUCGAUAUCGGACCGUAUUGGUUCGUCACAUGAGGAUGCACACCGAGUUAAAGAGGAGGCUGAAAGGUGACUCCGACGAGGACGACCAGGUGAAUUGAAAAGUAAAUACGAUAUGCUGUGAUGUGUUAGUCUGUUUGUAAAUAUACUUUGUUUUACUAAAAUCAUAAUUUCCUUCAGGAGAUUAAUAAAGUAUCGCUUCAAUUCGUGA